UGCAAUGAGAAUAUCAUAGAGUGUCAGAGAGUAAAAGUGCACCAAGAAGAGGAAGGUGUGACAGAGAAAGGCAGGUGCACAGAGAGAGAGCGUGUGUAUUGCAAUGAGAAUAUUAUAGAGCGUCAGCAAAAGUGUGCAGAAAGAGGCAAGGUGUGACAGAGAAAAGGGGAGGUGCAGGGAGGGAGAGAGAGAGAGAAAGAGAGAGGAGAGGAGAGGAGAGGAGGAGAGGGACUCUGCUUGAGGGGUUUGCUCCCUCUCUGUACCAAGGACUGUGCCAGGGCUGGAAGCUGAGAGGAAGAGCCCCUGGCUGAACCCGGCAACAUGCAGCCUCUCACCGGCACUCUGUUCGUCUCUACAUUGCUGUUGCUCAUCACCCUCUCCAGCUGCAACUUUACAAGACCAACCUAUGUCAUCACAGCACCGAGAAAGCUGUCGACCACACUCAAUAUGACCUUCACCAUCUGCAUUCUGGAAAGUAGCCAGAGCCCUGUGACAAUAACAGCCCGCAUCAGCGACAAGGGCCAGAACCUCACCAGUACUGUGGACACCUUCCACCCAGGUAGCAUCGGAAAACUGGUUCUGCCCACAGAAGGCUUGCCAGAAAACCAAUAUAACUUGGUGGUGGAGGGCUAUGGAGACCAGCACUUACUGUUCUCCAACAGCAUCUCUGCGGAGAUUAUUCCCGAGAGAAUCUCCACAUUGGUUCAGACAGACAAGGCGAUGUACAAACCAGGACAGACUGUGAAAAUGCGAGCCAUCUGCAUCUACACGGAUUUGAAACCAUACCUGGGCAAGAUAAACAUCCUCAUUUAUAACCCACAAGGAUCGGUGAUCCAGCAAUGGUUGGAUUUAGAGACUACAUUAGGUGUUGUGUCCAAAGAAUUUUUAUUGUCGCCCAACGCUCUGCAAGGCAACUGGGAGAUACAUGUCACAUUUAAUGAGAUAAUACAGAGGAAGAUAUUCAGUGUGGCCGAGUAUGUGUUACCUCGUUUUGAAGUUUUGAUCAACACAUCCUCUGUAUAUUUUCUAUUGGAUCAACCGAACCUAACUGGGAGCAUCACUGGGCGGUACCUCUAUGGAAAACACGUAAGAGGAAAUGUGACCAUCAUCCUAUCCUUGCCGUUCUUCUCUCAGACACUAAACAAAACGUUUGAGAUCAAUGGAACUGUUGGUUUUGCCUUCCUUUUCUCUGAACUGCACGAGUUCAUCCUCGGAGUUCUUGCACCCUUGAGAGAGUUCGAUGGUACAUUCUUAUCAAAUCAGACGAUGAGAGCGUACAUUCUGGAAAACUCGGCCUUUCUACUCGGCUAUCAGAAGUACCAGGUGAUGCUCAAAGCAGUGGUAACUGAGUCUCAUACAGGUGUAGUGCAAUCGGCAGCAACAAACAUUACGUUCUCCUUCUGGAAAUACUAUCUGCAUAUCCUGGACUAUACAAAGAUCUUAAAGCCAUCUCUGAACUUCACGGCCUAUGUGCAGGUGAGGCGAAUUGACCAGCAAAAGGUCUCACCUCAGGACAGGCGGAACCGCUUGACCGUUAUGGUCAACCAGGCCCAGAACAUCCCAGGAAAUAUAACGUUGGUGCGAACCCUGCGGACCUUCAAUUUCAGCGUCCCAGAGAGUGGGCUUGUUCAGAUUCGGUUUCCACUGCUGCCAUACAUUGUCAGCCUGUGGGCAAAGGUGACAUUUGAGGAUGCAUCAACGGAGUUAAAUGUGAGAAAACCUUCCAGCACACCGGCCAUCUACCUGCACCUUCAGAGCUCAGCUGUCAAGGUGGGAUCACCAUUUGAAUUUUCCAUUGAAAGUUCUGAGUCACCGAUCGAGUUUACCUACCAGGUGAUAUCAAAAGGCCAAGUGUUAGCUAUCGGCAAAAGUAACUUGACUCAGGUCCAGUUAACACCUGAUAUUUCUUGGGCACCGGUAGCACACCUCAUUGUCUAUUUCAUCAAAGGUGAUCUCGUCGUCAAUGAUGACAUCCUUUUGAACGUGGAAGGAAUCUUUACAAAUAAGGUCUCACUUUCCUGGAGUAAGGAACAGGUAAAACCAGCUGACAGUGUCUCUCUCAAUGUGUCUACCAAUGAGGUCAACUCACUUGUUGGGAUCUUGGUUGUGGACAAGGGUGCGCAGCUUCUCAAAGGAGGAAAUGACAUCACCGAGGAACUGGUUCGUCGGGCAUUGAUCAACACAGCUGAAGAUUACACUGGAAUUCGCUACCAUGACAAUGCAUUUCAGAGAAGCGGGCUAAUGAUACUAACAGAUGCUCAGAUUCCAUUCUCAGCCUUUGAGUAUUUGUACCCAGUCAUGUUUGAGGCCAAUGCUGAGUUUAAAGUCGUGAGUCACGCUGUUGAAGAAGAGCCAGAAGAUCAAAGAGUCCGGACAUAUUUCCCAGAAACUUGGAUAUGGUUGGACAUGUUAACUGGUCCGAAUUCAGAGAUCAGCAUCCAGGGGACAGUCCCCGACUCCCUCACUACCUGGACGGCCAGUGCCUUCGCCAUUUCCAAAAACCAAGGCCUUCAGCUGGCGACUAUACCUGCACAGCUGGAGGUCUUCAAGUUUUUCUUUCUGGAGUUAAACCUCCCAUACUCUGUGACCAGAGGGGAACAACUAAUCCUGGAAGUAAAUAUCUUCAACUACCUGGAACAGACGCUGGUGGUUCAGGUGACCGUGGAGCUGGGUGACUUCUUUGAGUUUACCACGGGGCCAAGUGAGGACACUGCGCUGAACAGCCAAAAUGGGUCCGUGAGGACACAGGAAGCCCACGUGUUCUACUUCCCCGUCACUCCAAAGGUUCUCGGAAAGGUUCCUAUCACAGUGAAGGCCAAGACUGCGGUUGCAUUUGAUGCUGUCACCAAGCACAUUCUAGUGAAGGCUGAAGGGAUACAGCAGUCAUUCUCCAAGGCCCUCCUCAUUGUGCCGGAAGAUGAUGAUCAGCUCUGGACCAAGGACGUGCAGUUCACCUUUCCCCCGAAUGUCGUGGAAGGCAGCGAGAGGGCUUACAUCACUGUGAUUGGUGAUAUUUUGGGACCUUCCAUUAAUGGCUUGGAAAACCUGCUUCAGAUGCCCUAUGGCUGUGGUGAACAAAACAUGAUUAUGUUUGCUCCAAACAUCUACAUCAUGCAGUACUUGAUGUCUGUAAACCAAGUGACCGAGGAGAUAAAGGAAAAAGCUUUGUUCUUCAUGGUCCAAGGUUACCAAAGGGAGUUAACGUACCAACGGACUGAUGGCUCCUUCAGUGCCUUUGGAAACUCGGAUUCUUCUGGAAGCACUUGGUUGUCGGCCUUUGUACUGAGGUGCUUCUUACAGGCACGGGAGUUUAUCUACAUCGACUCAAGUGUGUUGGACAGGGUUACAUCCUGGAUAAUAAGGUACCAGAAUAAAAGUGGGGAGUUCCUGGAACCGGGGAGAGUGAUUCAUACAGAGCUACAGGGCGGACAGAAUGGACCCAUCACUCUCACAGCCUACGUACUUACAGCCCUCUUGGAGGAUCCAAAAAUCAAGGUUACUGCCUUAGCUCAGGUAUCAAGUGCUGUCUCAUAUCUUGAAGGCAAGUUUCGCGAUGGGAUCCGUAGUAACUACACCCUGAGCCUCACAACAUACGCACUAACUUUAGCCAAGAGUUAUCUUGCAAAAGAAGCGCUCAAUGAACUGAACCGGAGGGCAGACCAACAGGCUGGUGUAAAGUAUUGGUCAUCGCCCGUGAACAGACCUUCACGGUGGAUGCGGGAUGUCCUGUCGUCUGACAUUGAGGUGGCUGCCUAUGCUCUGCUGUCAUACCUGAGGCAGAGCAGACUCUCGGAAGGCAUCCCCGUCAUGCAGUGGCUCAGUCAACGCAGGAACCAUCUUGGGGGCUUCUCCUCCACCCAGGACACGGUAGUGGCACUCCAGGCUCUAUCGCAGUUCGCGGCAGAGAAUAUUGCUCCUUCGACAGACCUGGAGGUGUCAAUCAGCGGACCUGGGCUCCCUGACCCGGCAACCUUGACCAUCUCCUCCACAAACAUGUUCGUCCUGCAGAAAGUGGAGCUUGGCAUUGAGCAGCCUCUGCGGGUGACGGUAACAGCAAAGGGUCAAGGCAUGGCCAUUUUUCAGCUUAAUGUUCUCUUCAACCUGGAGAGUAACGUUCUGGCGAUGGACAAGCGAUCGUUUGAGUCAGAGGAGGCGUUUGAUUUGGACAUUACUGUUUCAGACAGCAAGUUUGACCUCGACCAUCUGUCUCUGAAUAUCUGUACCGAGUUCCGAGGUAAUGGAAAUAGCUUGAUCACUGGAAUGGUCCUGAUGGAAGUUGGGAUGCUCAGUGGUUUUGCCCCAGAGAUCGAUGGCAUCCAAACCAAUGACAUCAUCAAGAAGGUGGAAUUUACAGAUGGAGAAGUUAAUCUGUACUUUGAUUCACUGAAUGAAACAAAAGUCUGUGUGACCAUCCCAGUAGUAAGAUCUUCCAAGGUAGCGAAUGCCCAGGAUGCUGUGGUGAGCAUCUUUGAUUAUUAUGAGCCAGGACAAAAAACAGUGAAGACGUACAACUCGGAAGUGAUGUCCAGAACCAAUUUCUGCACCCUCUGCAGUUCCGACUGCGUGGCGUGCCACCCCACCUACGACUUCCCGUCCACGAAUGCAGCGAGCGUGCCGACUCGAGGAGGCCAAGUUGCACUCUCGCUGUGCCUCGUUAGCAUUUAUCUUGGUUUGACUUAAUUACACGCUCCAAGUCAACCGUAGAGCUUCGUGGUCCUGGGGAAUUAAUUGUUAUUUUGUUUGAAGGUGGUUUAAGGCCGAAACAUAUUUGAAUCAGGCUUAGCAACUACUGUAUCCUUAAUGCUGCUUUUAAAAUAGUCCUUGCUGACUUUCUUUUUCAUGUUUAUCUGUUGUUUGUGGAUAUAAUGAGGUAUUUGUUCUGUCCGUGUUUCUGCUCCAACCACCCUACAACAUCAGAGUCACAACUGGUUUUGGUUAAGCUCACCAUGAACUACCUGUGUUCCAGAUUGCAGAGGAAGUGAGAGCAUCCAAUGUCCUGAAUUUACAACCACCAUUAUAGCAGCAUUAAAACCACUGGAACAAUUUUUGGAUUGGCCUGCAGGCUGUUUUUCCUUCUGAAAGCACGAUAUGUUUCGAAAUCUGCAAAGGGAAACAAACCCUUGGUGUUAUAUGUGCGUGUCUGUGGUGCGUGAUGCAUGCGUCAGAUUAUAGAUGUUUGUGAUAUAGUGAAGGUGGCAAAGAUUACAGGGAGAAGGCAGGAGAAUAGGGUUGAGAGGGAUAAUAAGUCAGCCAUGAUGGAAUGGUAGAGCAGACAAUGGGCUGAAUAGCUGAAUUCUGCUCCUAUGUCUUAUGUUAUUUUUGUCAUAUCUUUAAACACAUCUUAAAAUGUGUGUGUGUGUAUGUGUGCGUGUGCGUGUGUGUGUGUGUGUGUGUGUGAGUGUAUGUGUACUUGUGUGUGUGUGUGUGUGUGUGUGUGUAUGUGUUUGUGUGUGUGUGGCUGUGUGCUUAUGUGUGUGUGUGUGUGUGUGUGAGAUUGUGUGCUUGUGUGUGUGUGUGAGUGUAUGUGUACUUGUGUGUGUGUGUGUGUGUGAGUGUGCUUGUGUGUGCGUGUGUGUGUAUGUGUUUGUGUGCACAUCUGACAUCUGAUUGUAAAAAGUCAAAGUAAAUGUAUAAUCAAAGAAUGUUUAUACUACCUUGAGGUUCACUUUCUUCCAGGCAUUUAUAGGUUCAGGGUGAGAGGUCAAAUAUUUAAAUGGAACAGGAGCUUCUUCACUCUGGGUGGUGAGAGUGUGGAAUGAGCGGCCAUCACAAGUGGUGGAUGUGGGUUUGAUUUGAAAGUCUAAGAGAGAUUUGGAUGGGUAGAUGGAUGGCUGGGGAUGGAGAGCUUUAGUUCAGGUGCAGGUCGAUGGGACGAGGCAGAAUAAUAGAUCAGCAUGGACUAGAUGGGCCAAAGGGCCUGUUUCUGAGCUGUAGUGCUCUGUGGAUCUACAGUUUCUCAGUAGCAGGUGCUGACUAUGCCAGUCAGGUUUAAUCUAGUUCUGUACUAAUACCAGUUAUUUUCAGGUGCACAUGUAUUGGUUCCCUCUGAGGAAAGUAUGCACGCAGGUUACCAGGUGUCCAGAGAUAAUUUUAAUUCUCACAAGCUCUGGAUGCAGUAAAAUUUGGCAGUACUACAGUUCACAGAGGCUUUAGACAAAACAAGAGAUUUUUUGCCCCAUUGUGCCUUAAGCAGCUCUUGGAGCUCCAUGGAUAAUCUCACUCUAUCCUCACAGAAAACACUGGAGGAACUCAGUAUGGAGUCGAUGUUUCAGGCCGAGACUCGCCAUCAGGACUCGGUCAGGAGUGCUGACUAUUCAUUCCCCUGCACUGAUGCUCCCUGACCUGCUGAGUUUCUGCAGUGUUGAGUGUUUGCUCAAAUCUUCCAGCAUCUGCAGAAUCUCUUGUACUUCAAAAUUCGAAGUAUGUAUACCAUAUUCAACCUUGAGACUGAUCUUCUUUCAGGCAGCUACUAAACAAAGAAACACAACAAUCCAUGAAAAGCCCCUCACCACAAAAACCAUCAUAUACCCAAUGUGUGGAAAAAAAAGCAAAUCACGCAAAUGGGUAAAAAAAGAGUAAACGAGUAACAUGACCUGCAGAGUCCCCGAAAGUGAGUUCACAGUCACAGGGACAGUUCAGCGCUGAGCUAAGUGAAACCGGUCUGGGAGUUCGAUGCCUGCAGGCCACUGCUUCUCUUUCUUCUCUCCCCCCACCACCCCCCC